GAGAAAGAAGCAGAGUUAUUGGGCUUGCAAACAUGCAUUUUGCUAAGCUUGAUGACUCUCCUAUGUUCCGUAAGCAGAUACAGACCUUGGAGGAAAGUUCUGAAUCCCUAGGGGAAAGAUGUCUGAAGUUUUACAAAGGAUGUCGGAAAUACACUGAAGGACUCGGUGAGGGAUAUGAUGGAGACAUAGCUUUUGCUAGUGCACUGGAAACUUUUGGUGGGGGGCAUAAUGACCCUAUUAGUGUUGCCUUUGGAGGUCCUGUCAUGACAAAAUUCACUAUUGCACUGAGGGAAAUCGGAACAUAUAAAGAAGUGCUUCGAUCUCAGGUUGAGCACAUGCUAAAUGAGCGUUUGCUGCAGUUUGUGAAUUUAGAUUUGCACGACGUCAAGGAGGCAAGAAAACGCUUUGACAAGGCCAGUCUUCUCUAUGACCAGGCUCGUGAGAAGUUUUUGUCAUUAAGGAAGGGCACAAGAAGUGAUGUAGCAAAUGUCCUGGAGGAGGAGCUUCAUCAUGCUCGGUCAACUUUUGAGCAGGCACGCUUUAAUUUGGUAACUGCUCUAUCCAAUGUUGAAGCAAAGAAAAGGUUUGAGUUCUUGGAAGCAGUUAGUGAAACAAUGGCUGCUCACCUUCGCUAUUUUAAACAGGGUUAUGAGCUGUUGCAUCAGAUGGAACCAUAUAUUAACCAGGUCUCAACUUAUGCCAAACAAUCAAAGGAGAGGUCUAACUAUGAGCAGGCAGCUCUUAACGAGAGGAUGCAAGAAUAUAAGAGACAGAUUGAUAGGGAGAGCCGGUGGUCUUCGAAUGGUUCAAAUGGAUCUCCAAAUGGAGACGGAAUACAAGCAAUUGGGAGGAGUUCCCAUAAAAUGAUAGAGGCAGUCAUGCAAUCUGCUGCAAAAGGAAAGGUUCAAACAAUUAGACAAGGCUAUCUUUCAAAACGGUCGUCAAACCUGAGAGGUGAUUGGAAAAGAAGGUUCUUUGUUCUUGAUAGUAGAGGAAUGCUGUACUAUUAUCGCAAAAGAAGCAGCAAACCUUCGGGGUCUGGCACACAACUUUCUAGUCAAAGGAAUAGUUCUGAAUUGGGUUCUGGAUUGCUCAGUCGGUGGUUGUCUUCUCAUUAUCAUGGUGGAGUGCAUGAUGAGAAAUCUGUUGCUCACCACACUGUGAACCUGUUGACGUCAACAAUAAAAGUUGAUGCAGACCAGUCAGAUUUAAGGUUCUGCUUCCGGAUCAUCUCACCAACAAAGAACUACACAUUGCAGGCGGAGAGUGCCCUGGAUCAAAUGGAUUGGAUUGAAAAGAUUACAGGGGUGAUUGCGUCAUUACUGAGUUCUCAGGCCCCCGAAAGGUGUUUACCCGCUAGUCCAAUGGGCAGUGGUCAUCAUCGAUCCACCAGUGAGAGUAGUUCAUUUGAAAGUGCUGACUAUGAUCAUGGAGCAGUUGAAGAAUACACGUCUGAGAGGUUUACCUCUUUGCAUAUAGACCGUCCAGUGAGAAGCUCACAGCAGCAAAGAAUGGGUUUAAAGAGCGAGAAGCCAAUUGAUGUAUUACGGAAAGUGUGUGGCAAUGACAAAUGUUCUGAUUGUGGUGCCCCUGAACCAGACUGGGCAUCCUUGAAUCUGGGCGUUCUUGUCUGCAUCGAGUGCUCUGGUGUCCACCGUAAUCUUGGUGUGCACAUAUCUAAGGUAAGAUCACUGACUCUUGACGUCAAAGUGUGGGAGCCAUCUGUUAUAAAUCUAUUUCAGUCUCUAGGCAAUACCUUCGCUAAUUCAGUCUGGGAGGAAUUGCUGCAGUCAAAGGGGGUAUUCCAAGUUGAUCUUGGCCCAUCAGGCUUGUACAGGACAAAUAAGCAACAAAUGCUUUACUUCAGCAAGCCCAACCCUGCUGAUUCAAUUUCUAUAAAGGAAAAAUUUAUUCAUGCCAAGUAUGCAGAGAAACUUUUUGUUCGGAAGCCCAAGGAAAAUCAUUUGGUGGCACAGCAGAUGUGGGAUGCUGUUCGUUCCAACGACAAGAAGGCCGUUUAUGGGCUCAUUGUGAACUCAGAAACAGACGUGAAUGCUGUAUAUGAACAAGGAACUAGUAACUCUUCUCUUACGCUCGCCAAAGUAAUGCUGAUGCAGGAGCAAACCGCCCUCGAUCCCUACUCCACUUGCUCGGAAUCCCAGGUGUUGCACAAGAGAUUUUCGGGUGCGAGCACAAGUGAAGGCAAUAAUAGUAUCGACGAUCUUGAUGGAUGCUCGUUGCUUCACCUUGCUUGUGAAACUGCCGAUAUUGGAAUGAUAGAGCUUCUUUUGCAAUACGGUGCUAACAUAAAUUCUACAGAUUCAAGGUCACAGACUCCUCUUCAUCGGUGUAUCAUUAAAGGCAAAACUGCACUCGCGAAGCUCCUCCUCACAAGGGGAGCCGAUCCGCGGGCUGUCGACGAACAAGGUAAAACCCCUUUUCAGCUUGCCAUGGAGACGAAUUUUGAUGACAGUGAGGUUCUUGGAUUACUGGCGGAGCCACAUGAAUGAUGAGAUCACUAGAGAAUACAAGUACGGAAGCAAGGUAGGCAGUGUCAUCGAUUGGGGUGUCAGGAGUAAGUCUCGUGUAAUUACAUGUGGUAGCUUGCUCUCCGAUUAAGAACGCCAAGCGCGAAUCUGGGAAACGCAUUUACAAGUGUAAGUUGACAUUGAAGUCGGAUGUGCAUGCGUGCGUGUUAGUUUUGAUGUUUCAUCCUAUGGUGAGAAGUGGUGGGAGAUUUUAGGUGUGAGGAGACUCUUGUAAUAUAAUGUUGAUUUUUCAGAAUUAUUUAUAUUUGUUGAGGGUUGUGUUUUUGUUGUGUGUUGUAUGUAAAUGGGAUGGGAUGGGAUGGGUUUAGGUUUCCUAGUGAUAGGAUAUGUGUGUGGUGGUGACUGUGAGGCAUAACUUUGGUGUAUACUCUUUUUAGUUGGAAUCUCAAGUACAAGAGUUUUUGCCUUUUGCCCAUCUA